UGAUACGCCGUCUACAUUCACCGUGUGCUUGGUAGCUUAUGUUGUGCCGAUCAGUACUUAUCAAGGACAAUACUGACGGUGACAUUAUUCGCGGACUCACUGGCCCAUCAAAGUGAUUCGGCCACGUUCCUGGCAUGCCUAGCACCUGGCUUGAACCUCGUGCAGACGACAAAAUGGACAAAGGUGUGCACUGGUACUGUAUGUCUGUGGCGGCACGGACGGCGCAGGAUGCUUGGACUACGGACGGCCGGAGGCAGCUGGAACACCCUCGGACAUUAGUUGCACGCGCGUGCGAGGCCUUGCGUGCCAGUGCCCUGUGCGGCGUUGCACCGCUAUACAUCCGUGUGCUUCCAUUGGGAUGUGGAUAUAUAGCCAUGUACGAGUCGCAGAAGAACCAACUCUCCUGCCUCCGUUCGGACUGCUGCCACGCGAGGUGGUACUCUCUAGCGCUGUCCUGAACAUGCCAUAUGCUAGUUCGAUUAUCUUCGCAAGUCUCGUACUAGUCCUUGGUUAUGUCCACGCCCGACAUAUCGACGCCUAUACACCUCAGAGUGCACCAUAUCAAACGUGGCCUGGACAAUCGGGGUAUAACCAGUGCGGAACCAGCUACAACCAAUCUUCGGAGUGCCAAAAUGUCUAUUUGAACAAUGUCCAGGACUUCUGUCUCUGGGCACCCCCGUACCCAGGUUCGACCAUCGGCGACACAGAGCAAGUGGAGGUCGCAUGGUGCAUGCAGAGUGGGUACGGAACACGUCUCAUCCCAGACGGCACCAUCACCGGUGCCCACCUAGUGGUCACCCCUGAUUAUGUUCAAAUCACAGGUGUGGGUAACUUGACCAAUAUAAAUAUCCUCAACAAUGACCAGGGCGGAGAGCUUGACUAUUAUGGUGCGGCGGGUGGUGGUUAUCCUGUAGGCGGACUUGUCUUCUCUAGUGCGUUUGGUCAGCUCCAACAGGUGGACACAUGGACGAGUUUCAUCUCCUAUGACCUGUUCUGUUUCCGCGCUUGUAAGCCUUCAGUGAAUGCAUCGACACUGUGCCAGUACGCCUACUCUGUCAUGGGUUGCGAAUGGAAUAUGCCCGCCAAUUACUCUGCAGGGGUUUUCGAGGAAUGUGUCGGAGAUUCAGGCCAACCCAUGGGCGUGUAUGGCACCUCGACAUUCUCGCAAGGUCAACCUACAACACCUGCACCACUUCCCAUGCCGCCUUCUUCUAGUUGCACCUUCUAUAGCACAAUCACUAAUGGGCAAGGCGUACUCCCAAGUGGAGCCGCUUCAACGCGAGCGACGGAAGUACCAAUAACUCCUGUUUCGAGUUCAGACUAUACAUCCUUUCAGUCUGAGAGCUCUUCUUUCUCGACAACAUCCAUGGAAAUAAUCUCCACUGGACCUUCGUCAUCUCUACAAACUUCAGUUCCUCUAUUAUCUCCCUUGUCCGAUAGCUUGACAUCAUCAGCGACGCAUGUGGUGUCGACCCCACCUCCAUCCUCAUCUUCAACACCUCCGCAAUGUCCGCCAGGGUACUUAACGGCCAUACCAUCUAGAGGUGCCAAUUUAGAGACACCCAGAGCACCUGCGUUGAUGAGUCUCACUAUCGUUAUAGCAACUCUUGUUGGCUGUGCUUUUAUAUUGUGACCACUAGGAUCGAACUGCUGGACCGCCAUCUUUCUUGAUUGUACCUCUCGGACGGGUGGAAUGAUACGUUGUUAUCAGAUCUUUGGCAGCAAUGAUAGUACAUGUCACUGUCAAUCGGGGUGUCCCAUGCCACUCCAUUCGGGGGCAGAUCUCUGCCUUACUGCACCUCCCCGGUGUCUUCCUCCAGGUUCUUCACUGCAACACUAGCACGGUGUCGGGAGGAAAUUUCCGGGGCAUAUUCGCCACCUCUGCAUCGUUGGCGGUUCGAGGGACCUUUUACACGAACCCCUGGCCGGCCUUGACUCCCGCACAUCCAAAAUCGAUAAGCGGAUUUUCCUGAAACGUCACUUCAGUAUAGACGGGUAUAAAUAUUGGUUUGUGGAG